GUUUGCUUUGUUUCCUCCCUUUCACAUGCCAACUGCCGACAAAGUGCGGGGAUGAUGAAAUUGGUCUGGAGAAGUGAAAUCAAGGGACUCGAGAUCGGCCAUGAUCAUGUGAGAGGACAUGCACAUGAGUACAAGGCUGCGAGCAUGAAAUUAUCUCACCAGGUCGUGAACGUGAGAAGACAUCGAAGUCUGAAGGUUCCAAGAGAAAAUGAAGACUCACUCGUCACUGCCAAGACGUCAUCGAUUCGGUGAAGUGUUUGUCCGCAGUGGAGUUGUUAUCUUCCCCUCGAGUUCUCUACAACUAUCCCAUGAACCCCACCAGACAUCAGUCGAUAAAGAAGCAACAAGAUGGCUUCCGAGAUAGUUGAUGACAAGUCGGAACACUGUAUCCCGUUCAUCCUCGAAAAGAUAAAGGCCCAUUGUGACUACCACAAGAAAGAAGGCACAGAUGCCCCGCCAUUCUUCCUUGGACUGAAUGGUAUUCAAGGUGCUGGAAAGACUACCUUGGUCUCGGCCCUUUACAAAACCCUAACCUCACCACCUCACAACCUACCCACAGUAGUCCUCUCAAUCGACGACCUCUACCUCCCCCACUCCGCUCAAAAGUCUCUCGCACAAUCCCAACCCACCAACCCACUAAUCCAACACCGCGGUCAACCCUCCACCCACGACAUUCCCCUCGGCAAAGAUAUCUUCUCCCAACUCUUCUCCCGCCAAAAAAAUAUCCGCAUCCCCUUCUACGAUAAAUCCGCCCAUUCUGGUCAAGGCGAUCGUACUGACCCUGAGGCCUGGGAAGUUGUCAACAAGGAGGGUGAGCCACCGGUAGAGGUUGUCAUUUUCGAGGGCUGGUGUGUGGGCUUCAGAAGCCUAAGUGAUGAGGAAUUAGUCCAGAAAUGGGAAGCUGCUAAAGCGGCGAGGAUUUUUGACGGAGAGGCUUAUCAUGGGAGGUUGGCUGCGUUGGAAUUGGAGCAUGUGAGCUUUGUCAAUGAGGCGUUGAGGCAGUAUGAUGCUUUGACCGAUUACUUCGGCGCCUUGGUUCAUAUUGAUGCCGUGGACACGCUUUUCGUUUAUGAUUGGCGAUUGGAGCAGGAGAGAAAAUUGAGAAAGGAGAAGGGUACUGGUAUGAAGGACAAGCAAGUCAUCGAGUUUGUCAAUGGCUAUUACCCGGCCUAUGAGCUCUACACAGAUGUGCUUCGCAAAGGCAUUUUCCACCAAACAGGCAAACAGUUACGUUUGGUGGUCAACAAGCAACGCCGAGUUGAGGAGGUCGAGAUCCAGUAGAUACUGGAGAGCCUAUGAUCAAUCGCGACUAUGCCUCUGCCAUCGGUAGCAGCUGGAAACGUGGGAGAAUUGUCUCCACGCCAGAGGCCCUCUUGAUACUUCUGGAACAUUUCUGGCCACCUUGACUUGCACCUUAUUGAGUGACAGGAUCAAUACGAUCAGUCCAUGAGAAAAGGACAAGGGGACAGUGCACGUAGCAUCUUACAGUGCAUGCUUUGUAUAUAAAUCUCUACAUGUUUUCAACCAUUGCCAAAUGCCUCGCGGCCC